UCGUCGGGACGAACCCUACCGACUUUCAUGGGUACGACUUUCAACUCUUCCGACCAUCCCGAUAUACAGUAUGCGGACUCAGCUGAGGAUGCUUCACCUCCUGCUGUCCAAGGUGAAGUGGUGAAACCUGAACGUCCGCCCAAACCGGAAAGACUAUCGCAUCCUUCCGGAAACGGAAGUGUUGAAAGUAACAAUAACAACAACACAUCAUCGUCCAAACCCGAAGCAAUAACUGGAGAAGAAGAAGUCUUCACUCAACCGAUCAAUGUUGGAGGAACUCUGCCCCGUCCAGCUCCACGUCCCCAGCCUCCUGUGCCGCCCAUAAAGCCUCGUAGUACCAUUUCGACAUCGUCAAUAGGAGCAGUUGGAGACAGUACUGAUCUUUGAGGAUCAACUCAAAAAAACUUUUAUUAUUUCCCUAUAAAGUAUAAUUGCCUUUUUCUAUUAAGAGGCCGAGCCUUUCCGAUUUUUUCAAAUGUACGUGGUUUGUUUUUGUGAUUACGGACGGUAUUUAUAAUGAAAUCAAAGUCGGAGAGACAGAAGAGAUGUGUUGGUAUUUUGUGAUGGGUGUGUUGGUUGUGUUUCGAUUUUCUAUACGACAUCCUACGUAAAUCAGUGAUUGUUUUCGAAAGUGCAUUUGGAAAGCUGAUGAAUUAGGAUUUUUGUUUACUCUUUUUUCAUGUUUGUUUAUUUACUGUUGUCAAAAAAUGGUUUGACCAAAACUAUUUACGAAUCGAGAGUAGGUGAUUGGCGUCCUUGCUUCGUCAUCGAGUGUGCCCGCUUCUCCCUUAGACGCUCCCGAGCUGCCCUUUCACGCCUAAAACAUUCGAUGCAUUUUUAACCGUUUAAAUUGCGUUUGAUAAUAUGAUAUCAAUACAAUUAACAUACAAAUUGA